GUUGUGGUUGUGAGCAUAGAUAAAAAAUAGACGUUUACUUGUUGCGCAUCCGGCAUCUGUCAAGUGUCAAUUUGUGCGCCAAUUUUACAUCUAAUUUAUUUGUGUAAGUUAAAAAGUUACGCUAAAUAGACUGGUCUAAAGGACGAUUUACUGGCCAAGUGAGCAAAGAUGGAGGCCUCGCCUGAGGCCCCGCGGCGCACGCGCGCUGCUCUGGCUGAGAUCCCUGCGAGACUCGACCGGCUGCGCGUCACUCCGCUGAGGCCUGUCACCAACACGCGGGAGGUCUCGCCCUCCCUGCCGCCCGGGUACCUCAGUCCCGCGCCCUCGCCUGAUGAGUUUCUUAUACAGCAAAGAGGGCGCAAGCGUCUGCCAACAACAUGGUCUCCAGACAUCGACAUAAAACGCAACUCAACUUUCUACUCCGCAGUGCGUACGCCACCCAAAAACACCCCAGGACGAAGUUCACCCCUCAAACUGGGGGUGACAUUACGCUCUACACCCCGAAAACGUCUCCUCCUAGGAGAUGCUGAGAGAGUACCCCUCACACCAGAGAAAAUAGACUUCAGCGAUAUCAGCACUCCACAAAAGUUCAAAAUCAGCAGUCCAAUCAAAGGCACUCCACCAAUCAAAAGAUCGAGACUUGAUAGAACGUUGGAGUGUGAAUUCAGAGGACCCUUAGACACAGCAUUAAAAGGCCUGAGUCCAACACAACUUAUACACAUGAUUAAAAAAAUAACACACGAACACCCCAAAAUAGAGCAAGAGAUACGUCAUGAUAUGCCAGCACCAGAUCUGGCACCGUUAGAGGAAAAAUUGUGUUACCUAAAGUCGAAUAUAUUCAAAAGUCUCCCAACAUCACGAUUGACUUCCAAAACCGAUUCCCCGGCAUAUUCUAGAGUUGCUACCCAUUUGACAGCGUUUAAAAAGUGUCUUGUUGAGCAAGGAAAAGUGCUCGUUGAAUCCCAGCAUUGGGAAUCGGUGAUGAAUUACGUGUUCUUAGCUUGGAGUUAUGUCAGGGCAACACCUGUGUGGGACAACCAGCCGCAUAAUACUCAGAGGAAGCAGUGCUUUAAAGCGCUCACUAACUUUUGCAUGACUGCACUCAAAAAGGGAAGCUUCGGCAAGGAUUUCUUCAUGGACGUCCAAGAAAAGCUUCAGGAUUUGGAAGCAGAUAGCGAUGACGUCCAAUCAUGCCUCAAAUACGUUAGCGGACAAUUGCUAGAUCUGUAGUUAAUAUUUUUUGACUAAACAAAUUUUUUUGAUGCAUUACAAAUGUUGACAUUAGUGCCUUAAAUUCUACAUAUUAUUAUGAGCUUUUAAUAAUGAAAGUUCCUUAGUAAUAAUAAAGUAAUGAAUUUACAAUCAUGAAUAGUGAAUCAAGAAAUUGAUUAUUAAAGAUCAUUGAAAAAAUAUUAAAAAUGCAUCAAAGUAUGUUUUUGAUUAAUUUCAUUUGAAUUAUUUUUAGCAAAAUUUAUUAAAUAAUAAAAUCAAUACCAGUUAAAACAGUGUAAUGUUAAUGUAAUUUUAAGAGCCAUGUAUUUUUUUUACUUAUCACAUUAUGUUAAGAUUUUCUUCUUGUUUCCAUUUUUUGUAUAAACUUCAUUGGCGUAUCUAGAAUUAUUUCCUAGGGUGGGCCUAGCCCCCCAUAUCGAGUCUAUAAUUAGUAUCAUAAUAGAAUUCCGUAACGGCAGCCCAAAACCCUCGGGUGUGCAAAGGUCCAUUCUAAGGUGGGCACGGCCCACCCGACGCACUCUAUAUACGCCUGUGAUAAACUUUCAUAUGUAUCUUAAAGUAUGAUAAAAGGUACUUAAAAGCAGCCUUUUGUGUAAUAAAGUCUACGUGACAAAUACAGUGGUAGUCAUUUUGGCAUUUUGAAUUAUGAAUAAAUCUGAAUAAAUAAAUACUAAGUAGGUGUUAGCUCUAAAAAAAUGUACAUCACUUCUAUGAGACUGAUGCUCUAAGUUCUACAGUACGUAAUUAAUGUGUAAUUACAAUGACUUAAUUUUGUAAGUAGUCGUAAUUUUAUUUGUAAUGACAAACUAUGUGACUAAUUAAUUAAUAUUUGAAACCAGGGCCGCAUCCAGUGCUCUAUGACGUUAAAUCGUAUCUUAAAGUUCGCGUCAAAUAACUUUACUUCUCCGUUGUUCGCUUUUUAAUGUAUUCGCCACAGAAGACUGUCUAUUUUAGCUUGUAAUUGUAAAUUUUAUUACUGGAAAAACUAAUUCAAACUAACUUCAGAUCCUCAAAAUUAUUGAUGCGAAUUUUUUGAAAAAAUUAAAAUGUGCCAAAAUUGUUUAAACAAUAUAUUUUCUUAUGCAUUUACAAUUUUAAUGUCAAUGCUGUUACAUACCGUUAUUAUGAUUUUUUGAAGUUACCUAAUGUUAAAACAUUAAAGGAUUUUUUUAAUAGGUUUGUUGAUAUAAAAUUCAUUUUAAAUAUAAUUAAAUGUAUUGAUCGUGAUUAAAAUUUAAUUGAAUGAUAUGUAAGUUUUAUGAUCAGUGAACUAUAUUUCUAGAUUAAUUGCUUAUAGCUAAUCACUGAAAUGUAAUUUUUGAUUUUAGAUCAAGAAAAUUGUUAUACCUAAUACUGAAAUUGAUAAACGGCACAACUCGUGUUAAUUUCGAAUUAAGAAUAGUAUUGAGUCCAUAAGAGUACUUUUUGUACUGCUGUCAAAAUCAUUUUGAGUGAUGAGCCGUUUAAAUAUUUCAGUACUACAUAAAAUAACUGUUUUAUUAUAUAUAGGGAGGGCAUUUAAAAUUACGUCAAUCUUAUGACUUUUAUAUGCAAUGUACAUGUAUUUUAAUAUUUUUUAUAAAAUCCAAUCCUCCCCCCCUACUUACGGCCCAGGUUUUAUGUUAUGUGGUUUUUGAAAGAAAAUUGUGCCUUUUAUAAUGUAAGUUGAAUUUCGUAUUAAAGUACAGUGUUGACAAUAUUAUAUCAGUCGAAAUUGGUAUACAUUGAUUAUUAUUAAUUAUAUUUUGUGUAUACAUGUAAGAAAUCCGUUAUUUUCAAUAAAGCAUGGUUUUGAUAUAUUAUAA